CGGCAGGAAAUUGGAUCGAGAAGUCAUUUAGGAUAUGAGAGCGGUCAACUUUGGGGCAUCAGAAGUUUACAUGUCUUGCGGCCAUGGAGGUUGAGACCGACAAUCUCCCCGCGCCGCGGUUCGAAAUCCUAGCCACCUAUGAGCUCGAUUUCUCUUCUUCUCAGCGAUUCCUAGACGUAAGUCCCUUCCAGGCGGGAGAUGGUGGCAUGGAGGACCGCGCUGCCGCUCAUCCUCGUCGCCGCCCUGGUAGCCGUGGAAGACAUGAUCUCGGCGCCUUUGUGCGAGAUCUCCGGCCACGCGGGCGGAGAUUCGAGCCGUCCAGAUGACCUGAAGUCCAUGAUGGUGGCGGAUCUUCUCUUGCUGGGACCGGACGCAGGGUUCGUCGAUCUCUACCUUAGGGAUCUCUUCAGAUCCAAAUUCUAUAAGAUAUCGGGAAAUGCAGUAAGUUAGAUGAAAAGUUUGUUGGUCAGAUAGCAAGCCAUUUGCCAGGACUGGACUCGGCAGGUUGCAGUGCUUUAGAUAUCGGGAAAAAAUUUCUCUUAGUGCUGUUUCGUCGUUUUAUGACAACAAUGAGUUACGCUUUCGUGUUUAGAAAGCUUUAGAGAGUGAAAGUGUUGAUUUAGAAACCCAAAUGGAGGAUGCAACUGGAGAAGCUACUGAGCCUAAUGAGAGAAAAAAACGAGUUUCAGUUUUUCUCCCUAGGGGGAUAAUGACAUGGCAUCAGGUUCUGAACCUGUUCUUUUACUGCACUUUCUUCUUCACUGGAAAAUCAGCAAUAGUGGGAUGAUCAAAGUGGUUGAAGAAGAUCAUUGGCAUGAUACUGCAGAGGAUUUAAGAAGUCCUGAACAUAGUGAUGUUGAUAUGCGGCCAUAUGAGUUCAAGCAUACUCUCCCUGUAAAUGCAACAGUAUAUAUCUUCCCGUCUCUUAGCCAAGGAUUGUUCAGUGUUCACACCCACAGAUUUUGUUACCACGCACAUGGUGAUGGGACAAAUGAGGUGACUGUCCCUGUCAUGAUAUGGGCUGCUGGGGGAGACCUGGGUUUGUUGUCAUCACUUUUGGACAGAACAAAGUGACUGUGCCAGUGCUCUUUGGCUACAGAAUUACUAGUAAUGACCUAUUUGUUUAUAUUCAUCCUGUCAAUAGCGAUGCUAGUGCUAAUGAGGCUGUCACAUUUUUAACAUAGAUGACAAACCCGCAAUUUUGCCUCUACUUGUGAUUUGGGCAUUUCAAAGAAUGUCUUGAGAGAUCGAUCACUAUAUUUUUGUUGUAUAAUUAUUUUACAGCUUCUCUGAUGUCUGUAAUACUGAUGCAGCGUUUCUUGGUUGUAAAAGGACCUCUUUGAUUAAGCAGGAUUCAAUGAAGAGAGAGAAAUUUGUAUCAUGUUUAAACAUGUGUCCUCUUUCAUCUUGGCAAAGAAACGGGCUUAUGAGCACCUAAGAGUUCCCAAUUAAAGCACCAAUAAAGAAGACAAAGGAAUGUGAAAUUACUUGAUUCACCAAUGAUGAUAAUGUUUUUUAUAAAUAACAUCUAAUUAUUCUGUGCUUGUGAAACUGGCUGACUUUUGCUACUGACUUCUACUUCUCUCCUGGACUCUAUUGCUAUGUGAAUGCUACCCUAAAACAGAGGUGCAGAGGUGACUAUUAAUCUAGAUGAGGAAUAAAGAAUACGAAAAGAAGUUCGAGUACCACUUUGUUCUCUGACUCAGGAGCGGCAACAGAUAAAAGAAUUAUUUGAUCUUCCCCGCCACUACAGCAAUAGUUGAAUGGUAACUUUGUGGUUAAGUAUUUAGCAAGCGGAUUCUCAUGCUGAAUUAUUUUAUUUAAGGUGUGGAUUCUGUUUGCAUGGUGACUACGAUAACUGCUUUCAGGUUUUCACCCAUCAUCAGGGACUCUUCUGGAUUCUAUUUUUUGUUUUCUUCUUCUUAUUUUAUUUGGAUCUGACUCGGGCACUAUCAGAUGGAAUGAUUCCCUUCAUGAGAGAUUCUGACUAUGCUGAUAAGAGCAUUAGUGAUGUAAACAUGACUUUUAUUUAACAAAAGUUCCUGAAAGAAAGUGAAGUGUUGUGGGAAGGCUAUGGUUGAAAAUUGGAACAUAGGAUAUGUUCUUAAGAUGAUGUUUUGUCUGUUCUCACCUUUCCUGGAUGCUUUAAAGAAAGUAAUAUUCCAGGUAUAGCAUUAGAGAACUCAAUAAAUAGUACUCUCAGGCCUCUCUAUCCUUAAGUUGUUCAAGAUCAGCAUCCGCAGGCUCUUUAAAAUGGCAGCCAGUUCACAAACGGCCAAGAAAUAUGAAGCUGAUUGUGUAUACCUCCACUCUUGUUUUGCUGCAGGCAAGGGUGCAUCAAAUGACCCAAGAAAGGUUCUGGAGAUCCUCAGUAAAAGAAACAUGGAAGAGCUUAAGCUCAUUCGUCAGACAUACCGUGCUCUCUAUAACCGCGACCUCCUCCAUGGCUUCUCCCAAAGAGACAAUCCAUUUGCUAGGGUGGCUUAUCUUCGCGCAAGCGAACCUCCUGAAAGAGAUGCUGAAAUUGUGAGAGGAGCACUCUUUGGUCAGAGUUUGGAUCCUGAUACUCUCACUGAAAUUAUCUGCACUCGCUCUUCUUUGGAGCUUAGUUCUGCCAAGCAAGCCUAUCAAGCUCAGUACGACUCCAACCUUGAACAAGAUGUUUCCUCAAAAACUAUUGGCAGCUUGAAGGAGGUUCUUCUAGCAAUCUUAAGCUUGAACUGUUAUAAUGGAGGAAGAGUUGAUACAAGUAUGGCAAUGUGCGAUGCAAAGACACUCUAUGAAGCAAUUGAAAGUGGAAAACACAUUGAUCAGAGGAGCAUCAUCUUGGUUAUCAGCCAAAGCAGCACUAGCCAAAUCAAAGCAAUUCUUUCCUCCUACAAACAGCUCUAUGGUCAUGAAUUCAUGAAGUUCUUAAAAAAAGAGAAAUGUGGAGACUUUGGAAGGCAGCUCCGUAUUGUGAUCCGAUGCAUUCAGUUUCCUGAGAAGCACUUUGCCAAGCAACUCCGAAGAAAACUGAAGGAUGGUGAUGCUAGAGAGGUUUUGAUUCGAACUGUGGUGACUCGAUCAGAAAUCGAUAUCAAGCACAUAAAUAGUGCUUUUACCAUGAAGACUGGAUGGACUCUGGAGAGUCUUGUAAGGAAUGAAUUCAACAGUAACAGCUGCUCCAACACUGACAAAGUUUACAGCUUGGCUGGUGAUUUCCUUAUUGCCCUUCUCAAACAUUCUUGAGAAGUUAUCAAGUCUGGGUCUCGAAAAGCAUUAAAAUGCAAGUCGUGAGAAAAAUGAUAAGAGAUUGGUUAUCAGUGUUAACACCAAUUGUUGCCUGUGAAUGUUUAUCAUGAAAUAUGUCCAGGGAUUUUAGCUUGUUAGGAAGUUCAACAUUAUUAUAGAAGGGAAAAACAAAUUCUAAAGAAA